ACGGUCCCCGGGCAGUGCGCAUGCGCCGGAAGUUGCUGCCGCAGACAGCAGCAGCAGUGAUUCGGGCAGCGCAGGGCAACCGGAGGAAAAUCGGUCCGUUUUAAAACCAUGGCGACGUGUUAAACGAUGCCUUUCGCAGAGGUGAACGGAGAUGUGGACAUCAUCCAAGAGGCCGGCCCCGCUCUGAACUGCUGAUGCAAAGACAAGAGUGCAGGAAUGAGUGUGAGGAGAAGUGCGUGUCCCAUGUUGCAUUAGUGUCUGUGUGAAAUGCUGGCCUGUCUGCCAGGGCCAGGUGACCUCCCCCUCCAGCUUCUCCCCCACACGCAGAUGAACACUGGACUUCAGAAAUGGGACACCACACAAAGGAUGAGAUCAGCUCCGUUUCCAACCCCUGCAGAAUUGGACGCAUAUGCUAAGAAAGUUGCCAACAACCCCCUCACCAUCAAGAUCUUCCCCAACAGCGUCAAGGUCCCCCAGCGAAACCACGUCCGCCGUACGGUCAACGGGCUGGAUACAUCAGGCCAGCGCUACAGCCCUUACCCUUCCUCUCAGGCCAGUGCCAAGACGGGCCUCCUUGCCAUCGUCAAGGUGCCCACAGUUAAAGGCAUCCUAAAAGAUUUUGACGGCAGCCGGGCUCGCUUGCACCCUGAAGUUAUCAUGAACCCUCCCGCCGGACCCUACCAAGUGGCUUCGACCAGCACUUUAAACCACCACCCACCUCUGCUGAACCUUCCCCGGCUCCAGCAGACCUUACCCCUCCAACCACAGGACCCGCCUCGGACUCUACAGAUGCCCCUCCCUCAGCAGCAGGGUCACACCCAGAGCCUCAGACACCAUCCCCCCAUGGCCCAGCACCCUCAGGGCCCACCCAGACUCCAGACUCUGUCUCAGCACCCACCCCUUGGCCACCAACAGGGGCCCCCUACCGUCAUGCUUCAGCAGCAGCACCUUCAGCAGCAGCCGCCACCUGGCCUGCAGGGGAGCAGAAAGCUGCCAGAUGGCGACGCUCCGCCUAAUGUUACCGUCUCUACCUCAACCAUUCCACUCUCCAUGGCCGCUGGGCUGCACCAGGGCCGCCAGGCCGACCUGAGCACCAUCGUGCAUCAGAUCAACCAGUUCUGCCAAGCUCGGGCCCAAUGCGCAGGAGCCACCUCCAUGUGCGAGGGCCAGAUCGCCAACCCCAGCCCCAUCAGUCGCAACCUGCUUAUCAGCGCCUGCUCCAGGGUGUCCAUGCACAGCAACCCUGCCACCCCUGGCUUCCCCCCAACCAACUGCAUUAUUGGUCCUCAAGAAAAAGCCACCGCCCUGGUGGUAGCUCACCCACCUGCUAUGAACCACUUGCCUUCCAACCACACUGAUCUCAAGCAGCAGCAGCAGCAGCACCACCUGCAGCAUCUGCAUCCGCAACAGAAUCAGCAGCAACAACAGCUGCAACACAACACACAGCAUCAGAAGAUGCGCUCUUGGAAUCAGCACCAGUUGGCUCACGUACCCCACAUUCAGAACGGUGGGACCCACCUCUGCAAGCAGCCUUCCAGGGACCCCGCCUUCCAUUUUAAGGGCAUGGGCUACCCUGCAGAGGUCUGUGUGGGUCAGCCUUACACACUGAAACCUCCCAUAGAGAGGCCCACCCCCUCUCCCCCUGUCAACAACAACAACAGCAUGCCCGGUCCCAUGGCCCACUACACUAAUGGUCACUACUUCCAGUCCCACAUUUGGAACAGCGGCAUCCUACCCACACCCAACAGUGACAGCUCCGGGUCUCAGGACACAGCCAUGCCAUUCCAUGGUGCGGGCCCAGCGGGAUGCACCACGCUAGACUGUGGGCCCCCUGGGGCUCCCCAUUACAGGCUAGGAACGAGCUCAACCACCACCUCCUCCUCCGCCCAGACUAAUCUGAUGCAAACAGCAGAUUACUUGGGUGGGGACUUCCAGACGCCCUAUUUCCGCGAUCAGAAUCUAGGGUUGAUGGGCAAGAUGCACAGGCCUCCUCUGAGCAGGGUAGGUCCAGAUGUUGGGGAUGGCAGAACCGCUCUCAUCCAGCACCCAGGGUACAGAUAAGCUAUGGCCUUGUCUACACAACAGUUAUCAAAAAAAAAAAAAAACCCUUUGUUUAGUCUUAAGAAAGGAAACACAUGAAUAAAACUAAAUUGAUAACUUAAACAAAUUACAGCUAAUGUUAAAGAGGGUAAAUUAAUAUAUUUAAUGAAGAACAGUAGUUUCUUUUUGUUCUUUUUUUUUUUUAUAUCUUGCAAGUGAUCAAUUGCUGCUUUUAUUUUUGUUAAUGAGUGCUGUUACCGAGCACUUUAGGGAACUUUUUCCAUGUGCGUGUCUAUACACAUCUGUACUGUGUGUGUGUGUGUGUGUGUGUGUGUGUGUGUGUGUGUGCGCGUCAUUCUCACGUUCUUCUUCCACUAUUGUACUUUUAUCUGUGUGCCUGGGUCUUAGCAGAUCCUGCGUUACUUCUACUUCAGAACUAUCUGUUCACUUUUCUUAUGCAUCUAAGAAAGAAGAAAAAAAACAGAUAGAUCCCUCACUGAGAAAUCUCAACAUCUGAUGAUGUUGUUGUUUUUUUUUACAGGGUCAUGUCAGGAAUUUUCGGCUCAGACUAGUUUUCUCACUAAUUUUCAUUUUGGUGUCUCGUACUAACUUCAAGAUUAAACACAAUCAUCUGAGGACAGAAGAGAGAGUGAUCUGAUCUACAAAGUACAGCUGGUAAAAGCUUGCUGUAUGCACAUGUACACAGAGGUUUUAUUCUUUUUAAAUGUACUUAUUUAUUUGUAUAGUAGGAUUAUUCAAGAUUGAUUCCUCUCUGUCAGUUAAGGAAGCAUGUAAUCAGGUUGUUUGUACAUAGUAAAAAUACAGCAGGGAGCAAAAUAUGUUAAAAAAGCUCUGACCUGCUGAAAAUGCUGCAAUGAAUUCAGGUGUUUAAAAAAAAAAAAGAAAUGUCAAUACCAGGACGGUUUGGCAACAAGAUUGUGACACGUUUGGUGCAGAAAAAGUGGUGAAAGAUUUAACUCUCACACCUUUUUAAAAUGGCCAAAGUCAGGUUAACAAGGACACACUGUUAUUGAAGAUGUGCCAUUCUAUGUUUGUUUCCUGUUUCAGAUCGUUUUUGUAACCAUGACAAAUGUAUUACUUGAAUGUUGAUUUGUUUUUUUGCAGGUAUUGAUGGCGAUAGUUAGAGAUGAGGACAAAACUCUGGAGUAGAAGAAUUAAUAGUGUUACUAAUGUCGUGUAGAAUCGAACUACGGAGCCUAACCAGAGUUUUGAUCCCGGCAGCAGGAACUUAAGUGAAUUAAGUUACGCGUAGUUGCUACUGAUACUGAUGUGAAGUCUGCUCGGAAAAAAAGACCAAAUUGAUCACUUGCAAGAUCGAAACAAAAACCGACUUUUUAAGUUUAAAGUGAAACAGCUAAUGCAUUGUUUAUUUUAUUGUACACUGGCUUACCUACUAGACUACUGUAACUUUAAAGUUUAAUGAUUGUGUGUGAAUGUUGCCUGCUGAUGUGAGUAGAAUUAAGGGUGUGUGUGUGUGAGUGUGUGUGUGAGUGAGUGUGUGUGUGUGUGUGAGAGUGAGUAAACACAAUGACGCCCAUGUUUUGUUCACCUAACUCCCUAACAGCCCUUAAAAAGCCUUAAGUGUUUGGUCCUUGGACUUCCCUUGAAAAUGAGCAUGGUUUUAAUGAAAACCCCAAAUAAUAAGGAGAACGAAGAUGGUCAGGAUACACAGAAACAGCAAUUUUUUUCUUCUUGGUUUCUUUUUUUUCGUUUUUCUGGUCUUUUUAUUAUUUAAAUUAAGUUUUGUUGAAUAGACAGACCAAUUCCUUUAGAGGUUCUUUAUUAUGGAAAGCAAGAAAAAGGAGUAAUAUUUUGUAAUUAUAUAUUUUAGCAAUGUGUAGUUACUGAGCUGUAACAUUUUUUUUUUCCAAGUUUCAAAGCUUCAGUUUGCAGUUGUGACUAUUUAUAAUACUUGAUUUGCUUGUUAUUUAAAUUUUUUUCUUCUUCUUCUUCUUUCCUUUCUUGUACUAUUGCUGUGAAAUGGAAGAAGGUCCAUAAGCCUUUCUUUUGUGUCAUUCUGUACGACAGAUAAGAGGCAAGAGCGUGAGAGUUGUGCUACUCUUUUUGUAAUAUUGUAAUAAUAAAAUAAAGUUCUAAUUUAUGCUUUGAAA